AUGGGGACACUGGGAGACAGAGAGAUACUGGGAGCAUCCAUCUAUACAGCAGAAUCAAACUACAACAUCCUGGACGAUCUUAACAACAGCACAUUACAAAGAGAAUUUCACAUGUUGGCAUUUACCAACUUUGCAGAGUGGAAAUUUGUCAUUUUUAAUAUUGUUUUGUUGAUAUAUUUGCUCAGUGUGCUGGGAAAUAUGAUUAUUGUUAUUCUUGUCUGUCAUGUAUCAAAGUUGCAAACUCCAAUGUACUUCUUCCUGUGCAACCUGUCCGUUCAAGACUUAAUAAAUGUCACUAGUUUUCAGCCCAAGUUUUUGGCCAUCACAAUUACAGGUGAUACAGCAAUUACAUUUCCACAUUGUAUCACACAAAUAUUUAUAUUUAUCAUGUGCAUUGAUUCUGAAUUUUUCCUGCUGACCACCAUGGCUUAUGAUCGAUAUGUUGCAGUUUGUGUCCCUCUGCGUUAUUCUCUUAUUAUGAGUAAACGAAUAUGUCUGUAUUCGGCCUCUGGCUGUUGGAUUACUGGUUCUUUAAAUGCAAUAAGAUAUUCAUUUAUAAUAUCAUUUUUAUCAUUUUGCAAAUCAAAGGAAAUAAAUCACUUUUUUUGUGAAGUGGAAUGCAUAUUGAAGCUUUCCUGUAAUAACACAAGAAACAUUGAACGUUUAAUAUUUGUUGAAAGUUUCCUUUUUGGGCUGUUUCCUUUUAUUCUUGUUCUGAUUUCUUAUGUUUGCAUUAUAUCUACCAUUGUUAAGAUUCGUACCAAAGCAGGAAGAUUGAAGGCUUUUUCCAGCUGCUCCUCUCAUCUUACUGUUGUUAUCCUUCUAUAUGGGACUGGUCUAAGUUCUUAUAUGAAAAGUGGGUCUGAAAGUUCCCAAGAACAAGACAAGCUGAUCACUAUGUUUUAUAUUAUGUUGGUUCCAGUGCUAAACCCUCUUGUAUACAGCUUGAGAAACAAGGAGGUUUUAAAAGCUUUUAGAAUUUUAAUGCAGAAAAAAACACAAAUGGAACUUUAG